AUGACCCGCGACAUUCGGCAGCGGGCGCUGGAGAAGAUCGCGUCGCUGUCUGCCGCAAGCUCCAAAACAUCCUUCGAUCGCUCCGAUCUUGACCGACUGUGCAAGGCCACUCAACCGCGGGGAGUCAAUGGAUAUUCGGCUAAGCCAGCUCCCACGGGUUUGGGUAGACAACCCAUGACUAUCCGUGAAUUCGAGGUCCUGUUGUCGCUAUGCAAGGCCGCUCCUGCUAUCCAGACCAGCCAGAGCGCCCAGAAGCUCGUUCAUCAACUGAUCCCGUACAUCCUCGAAGCGCAUAUUCAGGUCUUUUCACCGUCGCCCUUCUUCCGGAAAAUUGAGCCCUCGCCAACCGAGGCGCUUGCGUUCCACGUCACGGCCGCGCUGCUCUCCCUCGGCUCUCACUACGAUGACUUGCACGAGUUGGUUUCGGACAAUAUUUGGGCCUUUGUGAACGCCUGCGACCACGUGGCAGACCGCGUCGUGCCUCCUGGAGCGGACGACGAGGACCCGAACUUGGAGGACGCCAUCAGGACAGCCACCAUUGCUGUGUCUCUGCUGGGAUUCCUCGAUGCUGCUUCGGCGCAGGCGGAUUUCUGGAGAGCUGGCGGAAGAUACUCUCUUAUCACCCGGUUCAGGGACAUUUUGUCGCAGCCGUUUUUGACUGCCGUUGAAACGGCCUUUUCGACCAUCAGGAACUCGCCGGCUACAGACCGGCAUGCGAGAGAAUGGAAGAGGUACCUGCGCCACUACUCUGCUGCCGGAAGGCCCCUGGGAGCUAUUCUUUUGCAAAGGAGCUUUAUGUGGCUGGUGGUAUCUGGCACUUCGCUGCUCGUCACCGACCCGUCCCUCUUGCGUGGCACCCAUAUCCUUGACUUGCUCAUGUCAGGAGAUGGUGCGUACAGGCCUGGCUCUCCUCGUAGCCCCGAUGCCGACUUUAGGUCCCUCGAUAUGUACACUGCCAUCGCCAUGGAGCAGAUGAACUAUCUGGAAGCCACCGCUGACUAUAUUCAACUUGGGUCCUCGUGGCAACAGAGACUUUCCUUCGCCGUUAAGUCAGCCACGCUCAUCAGCUACCUCAACUGCGCGCUUAUCAACGAAGAGGCAGCUGACGUCGACAAUCUAAUCGGGUGGUUAGAGGAAACUCUCGCAGAUCCCCUUCAGAUGGCGGACGAGACGUUGGCGGCUACCGUCCUGAGGUCUCUUGCUUUGGUCUGCAGGAUCUCCCGGGGCUAUGCUGCGACCGCAAGCAGGCUUCUGCCACGAUUCAUUGUUCAGAGCGCACCUCAUGCUCGCACUGUUGCUGUCGCUUCCAAGAGUUUGGCAUUCGUUUUGCAGAUGCUCUCCCCAGAUGCUGUAAUCACGACCCUCUACACGCUUGGCAAUGUCUUGAGCCCUGGUUCUGAUAGAUCUAUGGCCAACGGCACCAAUGGCGACCUUGGUCUGGAUGGAGCCAACGCUCUCUACCCCAACCGCCACUCAACGGGUAGCAGCAUCUCUCUUGCGAUCACCGGUGAGGAAGAAACUGCCAUGGUGUACGGGAAUGUGGUUCAGGCAAUUUGCGGAAUUGCUACUGCUUGCAAUGAUGAAAAGAUCACCGCUCUGGCGCAGUCAAUGUUGCUACAAAAGAUUGACAAGGUUAACAGCAAUGUCGAUGCCCAAAUCAUUAGCGGUGCCGCGGCUCUCGCGUUGAAGGGCGGGCAGCUCGAGUUUCGGUCGUUGCUGAAGGUUUUCUCCAGGAUCUGCCACCUCGGGGUUGUUGAUCACAAGGAUUUCCUUCUGGUUGCUGUGAUGAAAGCACGAACUUACAUAUCAGCAAACCUGUACAAAGACUCGCCUCUGUACGAGAUUUACUGGGAACAUCUGCUUGAGAGCAUCAUCUCUAUGGGCGAUGUUCAUCAGUCCAACCAUACGAAGGAGGCUGACGUCCAGUUGGCUGCUCGAGAGAUUGCGGAACUGCUGCACCCGCUAGCUGUCCUGAUGUCUACCAACGACCUGGCAUUCAACUCCAUCACUGAUGAUGAGUCGCACUCCAUGAUCAGAGAUGCAUGGUUCAACAUUGUUGUCCAUGGAUUCACCACGCAAACGGACACGGGCAAGAGAUACCUGAACGAGCUGCGGGUUAUGGCUGUCCACUCACCCCCACUCGUUGCGGAACAACGUGGGGAGCAGAUUGAAAGUGAUAUCGAGCUUAACACCGUCUUACGCCGCGGCAUGAGCAACGAUAGAGAGACUACGCAGAAGAGACAAUUGACCGAGCUGAUCCCAAACAAGGCCACGGAGAUUAAGGGGUUAAGUUACCGAAAGGUCAUCUUCCUGCAAGCAGCCUACUUGGUCGAGAGCCUCCGCGCCGAUGCUGGCGAUUGCACCCAGGCUCUCUCCUACUUUUUGGAACCCAGCAUGCGCAAGGGAGAAGUAAGCGGUACCAUGGAGGGCAUCGCUGCAGCCGUGGUCGACAAGUACCUGCGCAAAACACUUGGCGGUACUGAUGCUACUUUCUCCGCGCAAUACGCAGCCAGCCAGCUGGUAUCAAUCUUCUGCGGCUGCUGUCAUCGCAUUGAGCGUGUUCAGCAGGCUGCUUUCACUUGUGCCGACCGCAUCAUCAACCAGGUCCCAUCAGCUUUGUGUCACAGAUCGUCUCUGUUUGCUCUCCUUGAGCUUCUCUCGCUGAUGUGGUCAAGCUGUUUAGAAGCGGAGACUGAUCUAUACGCACCACGAUCCAAGUUUACUUCGACCCUUGGAGACGUGUCUGUUGAGCUGUCGGACGACUACAACUUUCGCCGCCAUACUCUGGAUGUGCUUAACCGCAAGGCAAAACAAUGGGUUUCUAGUGUAAUCAGCCUGGCCCCUCUUGAUGUCAAGGGUCUUCUCCAGACAUACCUGUCGGAGUUCGACGAUGAAGGUGCUUAUGGCCACAUCUCUCUGGGCCGCUCUUUUGCCAUCGAGCUCGGCUCUCUCAUGCCGUCGACAGAUCAAAGACUACAAUCUCUUGAUCGCGUUGGGGACUGUAACAUCAACACUGGCUCCGACUUUGUGGCCCAAUACACGACUCGCCAGGAGUACCGAUACGGCGAGACACUGCCAGACCGCGGCAACGAGCUGGUGAGCUUUAUGCAUUUGAAUCGUAGGGCGUCUUUCUUGCAGUCAUCGGUCUCGUCCGCUAGCGAAAGCGCCAACGCUGCGACCGCACUGGCACACGUCGAGGCACGUAUCAAGAGCAAGAAAACUACGGCCCUCAACGAGGUCCGCGACAUUUUGCGCCGCGCUGCGGCCUUGCUUUGCCGCAGUGACCGCGAUGAGUCCGCUGUUGCGCACCACCUCGUCAGCAUUCCUUUCGCCAUGUUCACGAAGCAGUCCAUCAAGCUUGGUGUUUCCUUGUGGCUAGGAGUUAUUAAUGAGAACCCGCGCCUUGAGCCGAGACUUCUCACAGAGAUUGCUCAGCAGUGGGAGGUGACCAUUCACAAGGGGCUUGGCCUCUUCAGCAAGUCAAUGUCGCACCCUGACCCAUUCUUCCUCAAAGAAGAAUUCGCGCCCAGUGACCUGGAAGCUCUAGCCAAGCGCAAGCAACAGGUGCACAAUUUGCUGUCUCCGCACAUGCGUCUGCUACAGUUCUUUGGAAGCCACUUCAAUGCAACCCGCCUAGGUAGUCCGGAUGUUCAGAGGAUCUUCCUGCGCGUUCUCGAUGUUACCCUGGAUGCCGUGCGAACGUCGACGCCUCAUCCGAUGGCUCGAGAACUGAGGUUUCAAAUCGUGUUGUUCGGACUGAAGGUUCUGCAUGUUUGCACCACCAUCGGAGCAAUCGCCCAGUGGCGACUCAAAGAAAAGAUCCUAUCGGCAGCCCUCAGUUGGUUCAGGUUCGCGCCACGGUGGUCUUUCGGCAGCAACAUUUUGCAACUCAAGACGGAGCUUCGUCUACUGACCGAUAUUGUGGCCGCGCUUAAGAAUGUGUCUUUCAUCGGUUCCCAUGGCGUUGACAGUAUCAAGUCUCUGCAGGCCAAGGAGCAGCUUCUCGUGUUGCUCUUGGAAAGUGAACUGAAUCGAUUGGCUGUGUGGGUGCAUCCGCUCGGCGAGGCUGGCAAGCCAUCGGCAUCGACUACCAAGGCUGCUAUUGAGACUGCUCUGUCUCCUCUUAUCAGGGUUGCGUGGGCUGAGGACCCUUCCAUUGCCAUUGAGCUUGUCACUCGAUUCCCUUACCCUCGUGUCCAGCGCGAGGUGAGAUGGUUGCUCAUCAACUUCCCUCAGAAGGCCAUUUCUGAACCUGAGGGCUUGCCAAUUCUAUUGGGCGGCUCCCUUCCGAGCGACGUGAGCUUCCAGUUGAAGUAUUUGUUGUUCUGGUCGCCGGUGAACCCCAUCACAGCUGCAACAUACUUCCUUCCCGCCUAUCGGAACCAUCCGUUCCUUAUUCAAUAUGCCAUGAGGGCGCUAGAAAGCCACUCGAGCGAUGUCACCUUCUUCUACGUUCCGCAAAUCGUCCAGACCCUGCGAUACGACGCAUUGGGCUACGUUGAACGGUACAUCCUAGAAACCGCACAGUUCUCGCAAUUGUUCGCCCAUCAAAUUAUCUGGAACAUGAAGGCCAACGCCUACAAGGAUGACGACGCGACAAUCCCCGACGCUAUCAAGCCCACGCUUGACAAGGUUAUGGAGAAAAUGGUCUCGAGCUUCUCUGAAGUUGACAAGACCUUUUACGAGCGCGAGUUUGCUUUCUUUGACGAGGUCACAGGCAUCUCGGGUAAGUUGAAGCCCUACGUCGGUAGGCCGAAGCCGGAGAAGGCGCAGAAGAUUGAGGAGGAGCUACGCAAGAUCAAGGUCGAAGUUGGUGUUUACCUCCCGAGUAACCCCGACGGUGUCGUCAUCGGUAUCGAUCGAAAGUCAGGCAAGCCUUUGCAGAGUCACGCAAAGGCGCCGUAUAUGGCCACCUUCCGCAUCAAAAAGGCCAAGGGUGGCCUUGAAGAAGUCAACGAGAUGCUGGAGGAGGUGCACAAGAAGGAUCAGCAGCCAUCUGAGGCCACUAUCGAGGUGUGGCAAUCCGCCAUUUUCAAAGUCGGCGACGACUGCAGACAGGACGUUCUUGCACUGCAGAUGAUUGCCGCCUUCCGAGGCAUCUUCCACAACGUUGGUCUGGAUGUAUAUGUAAACCCGUAUCGUGUUACGGCGACAGCUCCCGGUUGCGGUGUCAUCGACGUCCUGCCCAACUCUGUUUCUCGCGACAUGCUGGGGCGAGAGGCCGUCAACGGUCUCUACGACUACUUCAUUUCCAAGUAUGGGAACGAGGACUCCCUUCGCUUCCAGCAGGCGCGCAGCAACUUCGUCAAGAGUAUGGCGGCCUACUCCAUCAUCUCGUUCCUCCUGCAGUUCAAGGACAGACACAACGGCAACAUCAUGAUCGACGACGCUGGCCACAUCCUGCACAUCGACUUCGGCUUCUGCUUCGAUAUCGCGCCCGGUGGCAUCAAGUUUGAGCGCGCGCCGUUCAAGUUGACGACGGAGAUGUUGGCGGUCAUGGGCGGCAGCCCUCACCACCAGUCCUUCAAGUGGUUCGAGGAACUGUGCGUCAAGGCAUUCCUCGCAUCACGACAGCAUUGCGAGAAGCUCAGCCAGAUCGUGCUGUUGAUGAUGGACUCUGGUCUGCCGUGCUUCAAGCCCGAGAGUGUGCAGCACUUCAAGGAGCGUUUCGUACUGGAGCGCAGCGAGCGCGAGGCGGCAGACUUCGUCAAGGACUUGAUCCGCAGGAGUGCCAACAGCUACUCGACGGGCGUUUACGACCAGUUCCAGCUCCUGACCAACGGCAUCCCGUACUGA